CAUACAAUCCGGCCUCUUUCUUCUACAUCUCCUCUCUCUCUCUCUCUCUCCUAGCUAUGUUCGUGUUCGCUACUUGCUGCAUAGCAGCAAUUCUGGGUAAUGGCUCUCCGGCUUUAGCCGGAGAGGAAUGUUUUAAAACCCCGGUGAUCUUUAACUUUGGGGACUCUAAUUCUGACACCGGUGGUUAUGUCGCCGGCCAGCUUUAUAGGUCUCCCAUUCGCUUUGCAUUUUUCGGCGAUUUCUUUUCUAACCGUUGGUGCGACGGACGUUUGAUGAUCGAUUUCCUUGGUGAGAGUCUGAAGUCGCACUACUUGUCUCCAUAUCUAGAAACUCUCACUUCAAGCUUUCAAAAUGGAGUGAACUUUGCUGUAGCAGGCGCCAAGACACUCCAGAAAGAUAAUAAUCUUUUUACUUUGAGCACUCGGGGGCUUCAGUUCAGACGUUUUCACGCCUUCUCCCUGAAUUUGCACUCUAAAGGAACCAAGGGCACUUUUGGGGAUAUGGAUUUUAAAAAGGCCAUGUACAUGAUUGACAUCGGCCAAAAUGAUAUUUCCGAAGCCUUUUUGAAGGAGCACUUCUCAAAGCCUCAAGUGAUAUCAAAUAUUUCAUCAUUCAUAUUUCAAAUCAAAAGUGCUAUAAACGUCAUAUACAGUGCUGGAGGGAGAAACUUUUGGGUCCACAACACUGGGCCAAUGGGUUGUCUCCCUUACGUGCUUACAAAACUGGGAGGAGGAGUGGGUGCCGAGUUUGAUGAGAUUGGUUGCCUCAAGUCUCAAAAUGAAGUUGCCCAGGAGUUUAAUACCAAACUCCGGGAACUUUGUAAAGAGUUGAGGCAUGAGCUGAAGGAUUCUCAUGUACAUGAUAAGUACUCUCUCAUUUCCAACUAUCGCCUUUACGGUUUCGAGAGCCCAUUGAUGGCAUGUUGUGGGGGUGGUGGCGCACCCUACAAUGCCAAAAUAUGGUGUGGGCAGGGUACCGUGUGCGAUAAAGGGCAGAGAUUUAUCAGCUAGGAUGGAGUGCACUACACAGACAACGCAAAUGCUGUGUUUGCGGCACAAAUUGCAUCAACUAAGUACUCAACUCCCCCACUGAAAUUUAACUACUUUUGCACCUAAUGAUGAUACCUCAAUUUGUUCUUGUGUUACGUUUUAUUAAGUCUCUUUUGGUGUAAUUUUAUAUAUUUUCUGUUAUAUAUUUAUUG